GAGCAGUCGGGACAGCAGCGCCCAGGAUGGCUGCGCCCAGCUCCUUCCCGCUGCUGGUCGAGGGGUCCUGGGGCCCCGACCCUCCCAAGAACCUCAGCACCAAGCUGCAGUUGUACUUCCAGAGCCCCAAGCGGUCCGGCGGCGGGGGGGAGUGCGAGGUGCGCAGGGACCCCGAGAACCCGGCGCGCUUCCUGCUGCUCUUCUCCCAGGACGUUCGGCAGAAAGUUCUGCAAAAAACAAAUCAUGAGUUAGUUUUGCCAGGUAAAGGGACAUUCCAGUUAACUGUCCAGCUGCCCACUGCUCCAGACGAAGCCCCAGUCUCUAAGGAGAAAAUUCUAGCAAAUGAAUCCAAGACGGGAGAAAAUGUCAAUGAACCAGUUGUGUCAGAAGAACCAGACACAGAGCUGUCUCUCAAUACUAGAUCAGAAAAGAUGGAAGAUCUCACAAAAGAAAGUGAAAAUGUUUCCAGUUUGGUGGCAUUUGAAAAUCUCAAGGCAAACGUGACUGACAUGAUGUUGACUUUGUUAGUGGAGAAUGUAAGUGGCCUGACCAGUGAUGACUUUCAGGUGGAAGUGAUACAGGAUUUCAGAGUUGCUGUGGUUACCUUUAAAAAACAUACAGACACUGUGAAAUUUGUUUAUGAUUGUGCCAGACACAAUUUGAUUAAAAAAUUUAACCUAUCUCCAAGACUUCUGGAAGAGACAAAAACGAUCCGGGUGGAAAACCUGCCCCCUGGUGUUGAUGACUACCAGUUACAACUUUUCUUUGAAAAUCCUUACCAUGGAGGGGGAAAAGUAGCUCGUGUUGAAUGUUUUCCGGAAGAAAGUUCAGCUCUGGUUGAAUUUUGUGACAGAAAAGUGUUAGAUACCGUCAUGACCAAGAAACACAACUUCAAUAAGAUGCCGCUUUCUGUCUUCCCCUACUACACCUCUUUGGGCACAGCCUUGUAUGGUAAGGAACAGCCUCUGAUCAAGCUACCGGCACCAUUCCAGGAGUCACUGGAUCUGCCUUUGUGGAAGUUCUUUCAGAAAAAGGACCACUUGAUCAAGGAGCUGGAUGAUGAAAUGAGACGUCAUCACUGUGAGCUAACAUGGUCCCAGCAGGACAGUAAAGUUACCAUCAGACCUGCGGCCACGUUAGUCAGUCAAGGAAGACUGAGAGUGAAGACGUGGAAGAAAGACGCCUCUGCAGCACUUGCUGACAUCAGGUCAGCGUAUGCAGUUUCCUCGUUUAAGGUGGCUCCGGCAGUUUGGAACACCGUAAAAAAUGACUUAGAGGAUGAUACGGUUUUGAUUGAAUUUGAUACAUCUAAGGAGACUGUAACCUUAGCAGGGAAAUCAGAUGAUAUUCGAAGUGUUAGUCCUCAAAUCAAGGAACUGCUAGAAAGAACGACUCAAAAAAUUCAAAGGGAAGAGCAAAGCCUGAAGGAAAAAGUGGCUGUUUCUUCAGAAAAGCAUUUUCUUUUGCACCACAGUGGCGUUCUGCAGUGUGUGUGCGUAGAGUGCCCAGAGAUGGAGAUCGGUUACGAUGCGGACACUCAGCAACUGUGCCUUAAAGGAACCCAGGCAGAUGUGUAUAAAGCGAAGUGUGAAGUCCAGGAGAAGGUGUACACCAUGACUGAGAAGGCCAUUGAGGUCUCUCCCGAGGUCUUCCAGUUUUUGCAGCAGGUAGACCAUAAAGAAUUCUCUAAGUCUUUUUUUAUUGCACAAAAGAAUCUUACAGUUUAUGAGCUCAAGGACACAACUGUGCUCUUAACCAGCUGUUCCUCUGAAGCGUUGGUAGAAGCUGAAAAACAGAUGCUCAGUGCCUUAAAUUAUAAACGCAUUGAAGUCGAGGACAAGAAAGUUCUUACAGGCAGCAAAUGGAAAAGCUUCAUUGGCAAUAUCCAGAAGAAAUCUGAUUCUUCCUCAUGCAUUAUGGUAACCAAUGAUCUCACUGUAGGAAGCCCAGCUGGCAUCGUUGUGGCAGGCCUCGUGAAGGAAGUAAAUGAAAUCUAUAGCUUGAUUUUUGACUUCUUGGAAAAAAAUAUGAAAAUAGAAAGAUUGAUUGAAAUAAAACCAUCCUUGGUUAUAGACUACUUAAGGGCAGAAAAGAAGCAGUUCUGGUCAAAAAUCAAGAAGGGAGAUGUGCAGGUGGUUUUCAAUCCAGAGCACAAACAAAAGGGCAUUUUGCUAAUUGGACCCAAGUGCCAUGUGGUAGAAGGUAUGAACUUUGUCAAGGAAGCCGAGAAGUCUGUCUUUGUUAAAAGCAUCCCUAUUGACAAGCCAGGAGCCAGGCAGUUCUUCCAGGAUAAAGCAUGGUUUUACAGAGGUGAGGUCCGGAAGUUAUACGGUUGUUUCAUUGAACUCCUAGAGAAUGAAGAAAAGGUAGGAGGCAAAACUGAUGGGCAGAAGUACCUCAUCCAGACAGAGGUGGCCCCUGGCAUCUUCCUGAUGGUCCAGCAGGGUGACUUGACUCAGUUUCCAGUCAGUGCGGUGGUGAAUGCAGCCAACGAGGACCUCAAGCAUAUAGCUGGCCUUGCUGCUGCUCUCUCGAGAGCAGCUGGCCCGGAACUUCAAGCAGACUGUGACAAGAUAGUGAAGAGAGACAGCCGGCUCCUACCAGGCAAUGCUGUCCUCUCGAAGGCAGGGAGGCUACCUUGCCAGCAUGUGAUCCAUGCAGUAGGGCCCCGGUGGGAUGGACAUGAGGCCCCAAGGUGUGUGUACCUGUUAAAGAAAGCUGUGGAAAAUAGUCUUCUUUUAGCAGAAAAACACAAGUGUCGGUCCAUAGCCAUUCCUGCUAUUAGUUCUGGAGUCUUUGGCUUUCCCUUACAGCAGUGUGUGGAGUCCAUUGUUCUGUCCAUCAAGGAAAACUUCCAACAUAAGCAGGAUGGAUGGACUUUGAAAGAGAUUUAUCUUGUGGACUCAUUGGAGAAGACAGCUGAGGCCUUUGCUAAAGUUGUGAAAACUAUAUUUAAAUGCCCUGUGCUGGGGAGAUCAUCCCCACCUGGUACAGUGUCCCAGCCUGAUACAACUUGCCUGCACAGUGGACCUGCAGCAAACCCUGUGGCAGCAUCUCAGGAAAUUGCAUUUCUGACAGCCCCAGGAGGCCUGAAGAUCCUGUUGGUGAAAAAGUGUUUGCAGGAUGCCACGACUCAUGUUGUUGUCAACUCCAUUCCUUCGGAUCUUGGACUCUACCGAGGGCCCCUUUCUCAGGCCCUCUUGGAAAAAGCUGGGCCAGAGAUCCAGAAGGAGUUAUACACAGCUGGACAAGGGGUAACUGCCAGCGUGGGAACGAUUCUCCAAACCAGUGGUUGCAAUCUGCAGUGCCGCCGUGUGCUUCACGUGGUGACUCCAUCGUGGACAAACAACACAUCUGCACGAGAGAUCAUGGAAGACAUAAUCAGAGACUGUUUGGAGAUCACUGAGAGACUGUCUUUACAAUCAAUUGCAUUUCCAGCAAUAGGAACAGGAAAUUUAGGAUUUCCUAAAACCAUACUUGCUGAAUUACUCCUUUCAACAGUGCUCGAAUUUAGUAGCAAAAAGCCACUGAAAACCCUGCAAGAGGUUCACCUUCUGAUGCACCCAAGUGAUCGUGAAAAUAUUCAGGCCUUUUCAGUUGAAUUUGCCAAAAGGAUUAAUGGAAAGUUUAGUGAUAAAGUUCCCAAGGCUGAAGAUAAGCAAGAGUUAUAUGGCACGGUUUUGAGCCCUAAUUUAGGAAUGCAUGAAAUAAAGAUUGGCCCCAUCAUCUUCCAGGUGGCCUCUGGGGAUAUCACCAAAGAAGCUGCAGAUGUGAUCGUAAAUUCAACAUCAAACAGGUUUAAUCUUAAAGCAGGAGUCUCCAAAGCAAUUUUAGAAAAUGCAGGACAAGAAGUGGAACAGGAAUGUGCUCUCCUAGGUCAACAGGGAAAAAAUGAGUAUAUAAUUACUAAAGGUGGAUCACUGAUGUGCAAGAACAUUAUUCAUGUUGUUGGUGGAAAUGAUGUCAAGAGAUCAGUUUCUUGUGUUCUGCAAGAAACUGAGAAACGGAGUUACUCAUCCAUUUGCCUUCCGGCCAUUGGGACAGGAAGUGCUGGACAAGACCAAAAUAAGGUUGCUGAAGCUAUGCUUGAUGCCAUUGAAGACUUUAUCCAGAAAGAGUCAGUUCAAUAUGUGAAAAAAGUUAAAGUUGUUAUCUUUCAGAGCAAAGUACUGGAUGUAUUUUAUGCCAGCAUGAAAAAAAGAGAAGGAUUGCAGGCUUCUCACCAACCAUCGCUGAUAUCUAAAUUUGCCUCCUUUUUUGGCUUUUCAAAACCACCUCACCCAAAAAAGAAGGCCUUGGUUUUGGAAAAGAAAACAGAACUGGUGGUCUUCCAGUUGUGUGGUGAAAACAGAAACUGUGUGGACCAAGCUGUCCGCUGGUUAGAGGCCCUGAUUGCAAAGGAGCAGUAUUCUUACACCAAUACAGACGAGUGUAUCAAAGAUUUUGAUGAAAAGGAGUAUCAGGAACUGAAUGAGCUGCAGAAGAAGUUAAAUAUUACCAUUUCACUAGACCAGAAGAGACCUUUCAUUGAGGUUUUGGGAAUUACCAGAGAUGUGAUGGAGGCUAGAGAUAAAAUUGAAGAAAUGAUGAAGAAGGUGAGAUCAGCCAAAGAAGAAGAAAACAGGGCAGAUUGUAUUAGUGAAUUUAUAGAAUGGCGAUAUGGUGAGGAUAACACUUUUCAUCGUUUUGACAAAAUAACCAAUCUGCAAUUGGAAGAUGCAAGGAAAGCAAAGAACAAGAGUACUGUUGUCAAAAUUAACAAUCAGUCAUACACAGUGAACUUGAAGGACAGCACUGCCAGCAGUCCAGAUGGACACAGUGUAAUUAUUCAGCGCUUCACAAAAUCCGAAGUUGACCUUCCUGGGUACUGGAGUGAUAUGAAGCAGCAGAACCUCUGUGUGGUCCAGCUGCAGCCUGGCGACGUGGAAUUCAACACCGUGGCAGGGAAGUUUAAUCAGACCUGCUCACAGUUUGUCAUUGAGAAGAUUGAGAGGAUCCAGAAUCCAGAUCUCUGGAAUAGCUACCAGGCAAAGAAAAAGACCAUGGAUAGCAAGAACGGCCAGGGCACCAACGAGAAGCUACUCUUCCACGGCACCGAUGUUGACUCGGUGCCUUAUGUCAACAGGAACGGAUUUAACCGCAGUUACGCUGGAAAGAACGCUGUGGCAUAUGGAAAGGGAACCUAUUUUGCUGUCAAUGCCAAUUAUUCUGCCAAUGACAUAUACUCCAAACCAGAUGCAAAUGGGAAAAAGCACAUGUAUUACGUGCGAGUACUCACCGGCAUGUACACAAAUGGACACAGCUCAUUAAUUGUGCCUCCUUCAAAAGUCCCCCAAAAUCCUACUGACCUGUACGACACAGUCACAGACAAUAAGCACAACCCGAGUUUAUUUGUGGUAUUUUAUGACUACCAAGCAUACCCAGAGUACCUCAUUACUUUUAGAAGAUGACAUUUUGGUUUCCUUCCUGAAAGACAUCAUACAGAGCCACUUAUAAAACAAGUUUAACCCCGCCCCCAACGACAACUUUUUCGAAGAUCAGAAGAUCCUUUUUUUCCUCCCCCAACCCCUUUCUUUGACAUGCUGGAGAUCAAAGCCAGGGCCUUGUGCACGCUAGGCAAAUAUCCCACCAUCGAGCUGCACCCCCCAGCCCGAAAGAUCCUUCUUUGUCACCAAAAUCAGACUUCCCUCAGCUUCUUUUUCAUAAUGGCUGGAAAUGAACUAUCUUGCAAGCAAACACAUUUUGAGAAUUUAAAUCAGAUAACGAGUUACAACUGUGUGUCCACAAGUGUGUGGACGUUAAAUUUGUGGAAGAGCAGGUUUCUGUUUUCAGGAAGGACAGAAGAACAGUCUUCCAGGCAGAAGGCACAGGCAGCAGUUCUAGCUUCUGCUAGGGGAAACUGACGGCUGGAAGAGUGUCAGGAUGCCAUCGUGCUGAGUGGAGCAUGAAGGGUAGGUUUACCAUCGCCCCUGAACAAGGGAGGGGUCUUAUUCAUGUUUCUGUCCUUGAGUUGAGGUCUGUGCCUAUGAGAUGGAUAGCCCGUAAGUAUUUGAUAAGACAAUUAAGAAUGAAAUAGCCCAGCCUGGGAUUUAGCUCAGUGGUUCUGGUGCCUGCUUCGCAAGUGCAAGGACCUGAGUUCAAUUCCCAGUACAAAAAAAAAAAAGAAUGAAAUGGCCUGGUCAGACUUCUAUCCAGGGUAGGAAUCGUCGCUUCAACAUCCAUGACUUUUGCUCCAGAUGAACCCAUUCCAUUAUGGGAACUUCUUUCAUCACAAAGCAGACCAGGCCAUGGGGCUGGAGAGCUGCAAGCAGGACUCUGGGACUGUAAUGCACUUUCGCACCCUGCAUGGACUGGACAAUGGGAUUUAGCUCACAGUUUGGGUGAAUUGCAUCUCAUGGAGCUGUCUGGAAGCCAGAAAGUCCUUCCUAAUGUUAAACCCAAACCUGCUUUCCCCACUGUCCGGUGAAAAUAAUGGGACACUGGGUGCUAUAUCUUCUGUGGAAACUACUGUGCUAUGAUUAACGAGCUGUAAGGUUAUUAAAUCGCUUAUUUCCU